CACCCUGGCACUGACUGACACCCUCAGUCUGGCCCCCUCACACUGACUGACUGACACCCUCACUCUGGCACCCUCACACCGCUGACACCCUGGCACUGAUUGGCAUCUUCACUCUGACACCCUCACACCGGCCGGCUGAUACCUUCACACCACCGACACCCUCACACUGACUGGCACCUUUAGUCUGACACCCUCACACCGCUGCCUGACAGACACCCGGACACUGAUUGACACCCUGACACUGAUCGGCAUCCUCACUCUGGCACCCUCACACCACUGACACCCUGACACUGACUGACAGACACCCUGGCACUGAUUGACACUCUCACUCUGGCACCCUCACACUGACCAACUGACAGACACCCUCAUACUACUGACAUCCUCACACCACUGACACCCUCACUCUGCCUGACUGACUGACACCCUCACACUGCUGACACUCUCACUCUGGUGCCCUCACACCAACCGACUGACACCCCCACGCUGACUAACACCCUCACACCAACUGACACCCUCGCUCUGACUGACUGACUGACACCCUCACACCGACUGGCACCCUCACAUUGACUGUCUGACACUCACAGCAGCUGACUAACACCCUCACACUGCUGACACUCUCACUCUAACUGGCACCCUCACACCAACUGACUGACACCUUUACACCAAUUGACACCCUCACACUGACUGUCUGACGCACCAACUGACACCCUCACACUGCCUAUACUCUCACUCUGACUGGCACCCUCACACCAAGCAUCUGGUACCUUCACACCGCCCAACUGACUGACACCCUCACACCACUGACACCCCCGCACUGACACACCCUGACAGCCCCUCACACACUCAGACACACCAUAAACUCCCAAACUGACUGGCACUCCCCUCACACACGCUCUCCUGUGCACGCUGGCACACUCACACAGGCAGAUAUACACACACACACACUCACAGACACAACCCCCAGCCCAACAGGCACAUUUGUGAGCAGUUCACACACACGAACACAGUUCACACACACACACACACACCCCUCCUUCAGGGUGACCUUCGUGUCCUGCCCACAGCCAGGUCACAGCCACACUCGUGGCACUUACACCAGUGUCCCUGGCGGGCAGGCACUGACAGGUCUCCCACUUUCAUGCUCUAAGAGGCAAUUACACACCCCCACACUCACAGCCUGUACCCUUGCAUGCCUCAAGGAUUUAUCUGCUCACCUGCUUGUAGGCACUUACGUGCUCGUGUGCUCUGAGGCACUUACACACACUCAUGCUCGUAGGCACUCGUGUAUUUGUACACGCCUCUCCAGGAUUAUCCCUCACAACCUGCCCCCCCCAUGCACACCCAUGGGUGCAUUCACACCCUCACAGGCAUUUACACUCUCCUACGUGAACACACACUCACAAGCAGUCCCACACCCCAGGAUUUCCCUCAUUCCUGCCUCUGUGUGCACCUGGCAGGAAGAAGCACCCAUGAGAAGCACACUCAGGGAUGCUUCUCCACCCAGGGGUGUCUGGCUGCCUGUUCACCUGCACACCGUGGGCACACUCACAGAGAUACAGAGCCCACAGUGUGCCUUGUCCCUGAGGAUCCCACUGGAGGCUUCUCUCACACGCACACACAGCACACCCACUUUGCCACGGCAUUGCACACUGAUAUGACACAUCCAGGGGUCCUCCACUGCCUCUGCUCAUGCAAGCAGACCCCAUGGAGUCUGCUCAUUUUUUUCUUCUCCCCACACAGAGGGUUAUCUGCCACCUCUCCAUAAGCCCCUCUCCUUUUUCAUCACCCCUCUCACAAGCAGGAUUCUCUUUGAUUCACAGACAGCCAUAUCCAAGCAACCUGUUGCCUUUACAACUCCAGCUUUCCUUUACACUCCCCCAGGAUCACCUGGCAGGUCUGUGCACAGGGUGGUGCUGCCUCCCGCUCCUCUGGCACAUGUAACAGCCAGGUCUGCUUCACACUUGCCCCCACAGGGCAUCUGCUGCCUCUUACACACGUGAGUGCAGCGUGGCCACCCACUUUCACACCUGGCACAUUCUGUCACCUGGUACCUGGCUGACACACAGACAUGCUCGAGGGCUGUCGGUUACCACAGGGCCACCUGUCUUACUCACAGAGGUGUGUGUACUUACAUACAUGGAGCUAGAUAUAUUUCCUAUAUGUAUUUUACAGCUCUGUGUUACACACAGCGCUCCCCAUCAAAAAAACCCUUAAUUUCUGUUAGUUCCCUCCUCCACUUUCGCUUACACAGAGAGGUGCCCUGUUCCCUCGGGCCCUUCAUCGUGCAUUUAUUUCAAACUCCAGCACCGUGUCGUACUUGUCAGUCAUUUACACCACACAGACACUGCUCUCCAGCGUGUUCACCGCCCCGCACACCCCCUGCCCUGCACGGUGCCACCCUCCCCUGUGACACGGCGCGGUCAGUGCUCCCACGGGCAGGACGGAGCGGGACGCGACCCCAGGGCUCCCCCCGAGUGCUGCCCCGGUAUCUCCGGGGUUGUGCGAGGCAGACACAGCUCUGCAGCCCCUUGCCUCAGCUCCAGGGGGGCCGUGUCACCUGCCUCAUGCCACCCAGGGCCGUGCCACACCUGUGUCCCCACAGCGCUGGCCCAGAGAAGGAGCCCAGCACCUCCUUCUCCCCCGCUCCCUGUAGCGAACGCUCAGUUUGUUGCUGUAUGUUUCUGAGUGGCUUUUGUCCUUCUGUGAAGCUCCCUGUUCUCUGAAAUUCAUGCUGUCUCUUGGGUUCCACUUUGCAGACUGUUGAGCCUGGUUCAUGCAUGCCUGCUGGUUUUGAGUGGCAUCGACCCUCUUAAAUGAGUCUUCUUUUUGAAGUCUGGAGCCCUAUAUGGAUGAAAACUUUGUUUCAAGAGCCUUUGCCACCAUGGGAGAGCUUGUACUGAGUGUAAAAAUCAUUCGAAACAGGUUGACAGGAAUUCCAGCAGGCUAUUGCUUUGUAGAAUUUGCAGAUCUAGCUACUGCAGAGAAAUGUUUACACAAAAUCAAUGGAAAGCCGCUUCCUGGUGCUACACCGGCGAAGCGAUUUAAAUUGAAUUAUGCAACGUAUGGAAAACAGCCCGACAACAGUCCAGAAUAUUCCCUUUUUGUGGGAGACCUGACUCCUGAUGUGGAUGAUGGGAUGUUAUAUGAAUUUUUUGUUAAAGUUUAUCCAUCGUGUAGAGGUGGAAAAGUUGUUUUGGACCAGGCAGGAGUAUCCAAAGGUUAUGGGUUUGUGAAGUUCACAGACGAGCUGGAGCAGAAGAGAGCGCUGACAGAGUGUCAGGGAGCUGUGGGGUUGGGCUCCAAACCCGUCCGAUUGAGUGUGGCUAUACCAAAAGCUAACCGCGUGAAACCAAUGGAGUACAAUCAGAUGUACAACUACAACUACAACCAGUAUUAUCAACAGUAUCACAACUACUACGCCCAGUGGGGGUACGACCAGAACACGGGCAGUUACAGCUACAGUUACCCCCAGUAUGGCUACACACAGAGCACCAUGCAGACAUACGAAGAAGUUGGGGAGGAUGCACUGGAAGAUCCCACGCCUCAGUUAGACGUCCACGAAGCGAACAAGCAGUUCAUGGAGCAGAGCGAAGAGCUGUACGAUGCCUUGAUGGACUGCCACUGGCAGCCUUUGGACACUGUCUCCUCAGAGAUCCCAGCUGUGUUAUAGCCUCGUUGCUGAGGCACUGUGUCUGUGGAAUAUCCCACCAGUGCACUCCGGACUGUUCCGCCGGAUCCCGCGGGAUCAGAGGUGGCCCUUUCCCCACCCAGGCCUGGGACUCGGAGUACAGGAGGACUGUGGCCCUUUUCCUGUACAGAACAAGUGUCGUAGGAGCAUCAUGGUAACCUUGAUUCAUGGUGAAAAUUAGAACUGCAACAGUUUUAUUCCUUUUUGUCUUGAAAUGAACUCUUGAUACUUGUUGGGAAUUGUAAUUUAUAAACUUUCGACGAGGUGGCACAGGGGAGAGACUCUGCCCCAUCCUACAAUAAAAAAGUUGGUCUUUUAAGUACAAAUUACCCCUUGCAUUUUGGUUCCUGCCCAUCUUUCUGUUUUGCUGCCCAUUCAACUUGUCUCCAGCCAUUUGGCCCAACACUUGUGAAUGUGUUACUUUUAAAAAGAAAGAUCAUUGUUGGAUGCCACUGAAAGGUCUCCAAAGGUUUCUAGUGACUGGGUAAGGUUGCUGUAACUUGAGCACGGGAUGAAAACUUGUGUUCUGGUUAAGCUAAGCUGUGAUCAUGAGCUAGAAAGUUUGGUGUUCUUAAACAACCUACCUGAAGAGCACUUUGGAGAGAAAAGACAGGAGUGUUAGAAAACUACAGACCAAUGCCUUUUACCUGUUGAUCUCUUGCACACCUGACUUGCUUCUCCACCUGUGUAUGAGGAAAUAAUUCCCCAUCAACCGAGCAGUUUAAAAACACUUUAACCAGCAACCAUAUUUAAAUGUUAUUUUGUGUAUCAUGCCUUUAUUUUUUUAUUGGUCUCGUUAAUGUUGAGAUUUUGUAGCGUCUUCCACUGUCCUGUCAGAGGGAAACAGAAGAUCUUGCAGCAAAAACGGGUCAGAGCAAUCUCACUGAUAUAUUGUGCAACAAAUUGUUGUGAACCUGGAAAGCAGUUUUCUACUGGAUGUUGUAUGAGCUGGGUGGACAAGCAAUAUAAAUAAGCUGAUAUUAUGUUGCAUUAGAGGUGAAAGUGAAAAUAAUAGCACUUAUGUACGUAUUACAAGCCCUUUUCAGGCUUUUGUGCCUUAAACUCUUGGAGAAAUAGGAACAGAGAAACUACCUGUAAUAAAUGUCUAUCCAAGGAAUAGUUUGGUAACUGAAAUUGCUGCUGCCGAGCGUUUCGUUGCCUCCCUGCCCAUGUUGAUGCAGAGAUUUGCCACAAGAUUUAAAUACUUUGAUAAAGCUACUUCUACUACA